CUCAGCUCCAUCGCCGUCCUCAGUACAUAACACGACGGGUCUGCCCUCUCCUCCACAGAUGUCGCUUACCCACGGGCGAGGUCGAGAACAGCACGUCAGUCUCUGACGAUGCAUUCCGCGGUUGCUUCCUCGAUCCUCUUCUGGCUAUUGGCGAUUGGGGUCUCUGCACACUGGGAUUGGGUGAAGGACUUCCCCGACUGUUGGAGACACUGUCUGAAGGGCAAUGGUGGCGGGUGCGCGUCGAGUGAAUGCAUAUGCGAUGCUAGCCAGAUUGAUGAUUUCCUUCCCCCGGCUGUCUCAUGUGUCGCUACGAAAUGCGACGCGAAUGACUUCGCGCUUCGCCUGUCACUCCUUUUGCCCCUUGAAGGAUACUGUCACUUUGUUGGAAACGAGAUCCCCGAUGAUAUCAUGAGCAGUGCAUAUGCGGCGACUACGGCGACGGUCACGUCUGCACCAAAAGCCUCCAGCACACACAAAGGCGAUCACGACCGGCCAAGAACGACAAAAGGACGGGAUUAUGACCUGACGGCGACCGUUACAUCAACAUUUACUGCGACAACAACGAAUGAGGAAGGACAGACUCUUCAGAUCAUAGUGCCGGUGGUGAUAGGACGAGAAACCAUAAGCUAUGGCAAGACCACCACCUCUACACUGGAGAAGAAGACGACUGUUGAAUCCGUGGCUUCGGCUACGGCUCGCCCGACCGUGCGCAUUACCAGCGCCGGACCGACACAGACGGAGGCUCAAGCGACGUCUACCACCCUCACCUCAAAAGCAGCACAGCGAACAUCGAAUAGUAAUGGAAGUCCUUUUGAGAAUAUGCAAGCGGAAGCCGGUAGACACGAAGUCCCUGGCAUAUUUACAGGGUUGGGUGCGGUAAUUGGAAUGUUGUUUGCAUUGUAGAUGUUUCGCACGUAAUGUUGGUUGAAGGGCUAUCUGAUACCAUUUGCGGGAAAUGAUACACGCGGUUCUGGUAAUGGAGGCAUAAAGUGGAGCCCGUUAUGCAUUGUUUGCGAUCGUGAUCAUAAAGUCGGUGCAUGUCCAGGGCUGGCACUCGGCACCUCCUGUUUCGAAGGGGUUCAAAGGGUGCCAAAAGGGUUGAUGUGAUCUCGGUAUAU